GCCCAUGCAAGCGACCCGAGCGCACUUCCGCCUUUGGGCUCCGGAAGGUAGAGCGCACGCGCUUGAUGCGACUCUGGAGCGACUCACUUCCGCUCCCACUGUGCCCUGCGAGCCGAAUCAUGGAUCACACUGACAAUGAGUUACAAGGCACUAAUAGUUCUGGAUCCUUGGGUGGUCUUGAUGUUCGCAGAAGAAUUCCUAUAAAACUCAUCUCCAAACAAGCCAACAAAGUUAAACCUGCACCUCGAACUCAAAGGAAUAUUAGCAGGAUGCCUGCAAAGGCCCCACCAGGUGAUGAAGAAGGAUUUGAUUACAAUGAAGAACAGCGGUAUGACUGUAAGGGAGGCGAACUCUUUGGAAAUCAGCGAAGAUUUCCAGGACACCUUUUUUGGGAUUUUAAGAUAAACAUCUUAGGUGAAAAGGAUGAUACGCCAGUUCAUUUCUGUGACAAAUGUGGAUUGCCUAUUAAAGUCUAUGGAAGAAUGAUUCCAUGCAAGCAUGUCUUUUGCUAUGACUGUGCUAUUUUACAUGAAAAAAAAGGAGAUAAGAUGUGCCCAGGCUGUAGUGAUCCUGUGCAGCGGAUUGAGCAGUGUACACGAGGCUCUCUCUUCAUGUGUAGCAUUGUUCAAGGUUGCAAGAGAACAUAUCUGUCUCAGAGAGACUUACAAGCUCAUAUCAACCAUCGCCAUAUGAGAGCUGGAAAGCCAGUUACCCGUGCUUCACUUGAGAAUGUUCAUCCUCCUAUUGCCCCACCACCAGCUGAAAUCCCUGAUCGUUUCAUAAUGCCACCAGACAAGCAUCAUCUGAGCCAUAUUCCUCCAAAGCAGCACAUCAUGAUGCCACCACCUCCUUUGCAGCAUGUGCCACAUGAGCACUAUAAUCAGCCACAUGAGGAUAUUCGUGCUCCUCCAGCAGAAUUGUCUAUGGCUCCACCUCCACCUCGUUCAGUCAGUCAGGAAACCUUUCGUAUUUCAACAAGAAAACACAGCAAUUUAAUAACUGUCCCUAUUCAGGAUGACUCAAGUUCAGGUGCUAGAGAACCACCACCUCCUGCCCCAGCACCUGCUCACCAUCAUCCUGAAUAUCAGGGCCAACCAGUGGUAUCGCACCCUCAUCAUAUUAUGCCUCCACAGCAACAUUAUGCACCUCCCCCACCUCCUCCACCACCAAUAAGCCAUCCAAUGCCACAUCCUCCCCAGGCUGCAGGUACUCCUCACUUGGUAUAUAGCCAAGCUCCACCUCCACCAAUGACCUCUGCUCCACCACCAAUAACCCCUCCCCCUGGACAUAUUAUUGCCCAGAUGCCACCUUAUAUGAAUCAUCCUCCUCCAGGACCCCCCCCACCUCAGCAUGGUGGUCCACCUGUAACUGCACCCCCUCCUCACCAUUACAAUCCUAACUCUUUACCCCAGUUUACUGAAGAUCAAGGAACUCUGAGCCCUCCAUUUACACAACCAGGAGGAAUGAGUCCUGGUAUAUGGCCUGCACCAAGAGGGCCGCCACCACCUCCACGAAUGCAGGGCCCGCCUUCUCAAACCCCACUACCUGGACCACAUCAUCCAGAUCAAACAAGAUACAGACCAUAUUACCAGUGAUAAUAGUGCUUUGAACUGAAGAUAUGACAAGGAAAAAGAUUAAAUUAGUCAAUCUUUUAAUUUAGCUUUGACUGUUGGGGGAAGGAAAAAUACCUCUUUUGAAAUGGCUAUAAAACACAGUCUUAUCCCUUAAAAUGGUUUUAAAUCUUGACCUUAGGAUUGCUUUCAAAUACUAUACUGUAGUGCAGAUAAGUGGCUCAGGGGAGCACACAUGUAUCUUAGCAGCUGUUACUUUGGUGUGGUAAAUUGACCCAGAAAUGACCAUUUGUAUAAAAUUUAAAAAUUUUUCACUGUUCCAUUUUCAAAAAUACUGCUUUUAUUAAACCCAAUGUUUAGUUUUUCUUGUGAUGCAUUUUGUUAACCUAUAUAAAAGGAUUAAAUUUCAAGAUGGUUGUAAAAAUGCUGUUUUUAUGUGAAUUUAAGUACAACCACAUAAUUUUUUUUUUUUAAACCAUGUUUUACCACUAAUUUUCCAAAGUUAAAGUCCUAAAAGUAAAAAUCUAGAAUUGUUACCAGGCAGACUGUUACAAGAUAGGGAAUUACUUCACAUUUUAGGCACUGAAAUUUCAAGGGGUAGUAAUUAUGUACUUGGAUUCAUUUUUGUCUUUGGACUGCCUCAGGAGUGCCAGAAUACAUCAGAAUUCCUGUAAUGGUGUAGUUUGACAUGCCCCGGGGCAUUCUAAUCAUUUGGAAAAUGACUGGCUUUACAGGCUCUAAGCUGUGGAUGAGAUACUGUCCUCAUUGAUGCUUUUUUCCUGAGUGGUUAGAAUCACAUGAUCCAUCACACUCUUAAAUUAUAUCACUUUAUAGGAUUGCUGGAAUGGUGUUAUUUGGAUGAGAUGUGUUCUAUGUUCACUGUCUUUACCUACAUAUUUAGGGCUGACUAGGCUUUAUUUAAAUCUGCAUUUCUUCAUAGUAGUUUGAUUCUGUGUUUUAGUGUGUUCUUGUUUAUGGGGUUAUAAACUGCAACUUGAGUGCUGUGGAGGAAUUUGACUGAUGUAUUAGCAAAGGGUGUUUCUUAUAAAACCACAACCUACUCAGGUUUCAUUGCUGUGGUGAGUUUUUCCUCUAAGUUGAAAUUUUAAAACUUAUUAUUUUUUCUUCCUCCUCCUCCUCCUUUUGUAAAACAUUCUAACAUUGUAGCACAGACUCAAUAGUGAGGACAACCAGAUAAUUUUGAAUUGGACAGAAGAAAAGUAAUAAUUAGAUUGUGAGUUUCAGUGCCAUGUAAGGUGCCUUUGGAGUCAGUGUUUGCAUUAUAGGGGCUUGUUAGAAUCCACUGAAGAUAACCACUCAGUUUAUACAGCUUUCCUAUGUAUAAGUCAGCAUUCUUAGGAUAUUAUUAUAUAUCCUUUGAAUUGACUAAACCCUUAUGAAGCUUUUCUUUCCUCCUUAAAAUGGUGCAUAAUAUAAACAUGGUGUGUAGUAUGCAGAUAACAUUUAUUAGAUAGUGUGUAGUAUAUAAAUUUAGAACAUUGGUUUUUGACAAAGUACUGAUUGGUAAUUCACCCUUUUAUUCUGUCAGGUACAGGAACAUUCUCAUGUUGGACGAUCAGAUCCAAAAUCAUUUCUGAACUUAGCACAGAAGUAAAUAAUAUAAAUGGCCAUUUCAGCCUUGGCUGGCCAAAAAUAACUAAUGCAGCUUUUAUUGAACAAGUGAUUUUUUCCCCCACGUAUAGCAGUGAGACUCUGGUUUGCUCAUGCACUAUUUCUACUGAGAAAUUUUUGUUAUUAUAAGCAUGGGAGUGAAAUAGUGUGACAUGGUGGUGAGUGUUUCUAUUAUAUUACUGUAGGUACUUGGAUUGGUGCAAACUUGAUUCCUUUUCAUAUCCCUGUUUAGGAGCUAUUUAAAUAUUAACUGUUACAAUCCAAAUAACUCUUUGUUUCAUGUAAUUAGAAAAUAGCCAGAUUCAUGUAAGAGCUUCUUAACUGUUUAUGAGAAGCUCUUGUAUUGAGAUUUACUGAGGUUGGAUGUGGUAAGAAACCACCUAGCCUGUAUUUUGGACCAAAAAAAUCAAUAUCAUGAAAAAAAUCCCACAUUAUGAGAAUUCUUGUAGGUUUAAAUGACAAUUUUAGUUAUGUUAAUAAGUGUUAUACUGGGAGGCAGGUCAGAUGAGUGACUUGUAAUAGACAGAAUUUUAAGUGUUGGACUUGAAUUCAUCAGCUGAUUGUUUGAAUGAGGGUGGGUGGGUAGACAAUUAACAGGAUUAAAAGUUGUGAAUCCCAGUGCAUUUCAGGGAAGCCUUUGAAGCUAUCUAUGACGGACAUAAGUCUAAAUGUAUGUAUGUUUCAUUAAUUGCUCUUAAGACUACUGAGGUGGCAGUUCAAUUCUUAAAAACAAUAAAAUGGAAGCAUAAAUACUGUUUUGCUGAGAUGAGUUUUUAACCUAAUGGUGACAUGUUUGGGAGAUUGCAGAACUUUCCGCAGCGCCACAGUAAAAUUAGAUUCAUUUUUUAAAUGCUUAUAACCAAAGUUGGCUGGUGUAUUUCUUUGGCAUAUUCGUUCAGAGUUUGUGAGUACUUUCAAUAUUUGGAGAAAGAUCUAUUUCUGAGAUUGUAAAGAGCUGUUCUCCUUUUCCCUAUAAGAGCUGCUUGCUCAAAAUUGUGUAAAUACUAGUCAGAUAUAAUAGAAAUAUAAAUAGAAAAGAUUGGAGUGUUUUUAUAAUUUUUAAGUAGUAGCUGUUUACUGUGUGAGGCACACAGAACUGCUUAAAGAGUGUCAUACAGGUUUUAGAAAAAGACCUACUUUUCUGUUUCAGAUAAUUUAACAUCAAAGUAUGUGAUAAUUAUAAGUACCUAAAACAAACGUUUCUCAGAUUGGCCAUCAAAUUAUCAGAUUGAUAUUAAAGAAGUUUAACACAGUCAUAUUCAAAUGUACUCUAUUCUGAUUGAAAUUAAUUUAUUUUUAUUCAUUGGUUUAUGAUGUUAAAGUCUGACCUAGGAACCAAGCAGAAUUUGCUUAUUAGAAUAGUUGUACAAUAUAAUAAAGCAAUGCUGGCUAUAGUAAGCUUAGAGAGGAGUGCUGGAUAAGCUAGGCAACUAUUCUGAAGUACCCCUAAUAAAAACUGACUUGGUUUUUUAAAACUCC